AGCGGCUUUAUUACCCUAGGAGCAGGCACGAGCGCGUGACUCACUCUCGCUAUACCCCGUAUCUCAACUACCGUACCGGCAAUUCUAUCCCACUCAUCGUCUUAAUUUUCUAACCCGUUUUUUUCUCUGAUUUCCGUCAACAAAACAUUUUAUCUCUGUCCCUUAAAAAAUCGCCGAAGAGUACCAGAUGAUGAAGUCUGCAGUCUGUGUGUGCGUCCUGACGCUGGCCAUAUGCUACGUUUUCGGCGUCGCCCGGGCUGCCCCCGUGAACAAAGUUGAUGUCGAACCAAAGGAUGAGCAAGUGAAAGAAGAUGACCAACAGGCUCCCCAAAACGGUGAAACUGCAUCCACCGAGACAGAGCCUGAAGAAGAAGAAAAAGAAGACGCUGAGAAUGGUGAAGAUGACGACGACAAACGAACAGAAACAGACGAGGAUGAAGACGAUAAGGAAGAAGAAAUCAAAAGAAUGGUGAAAGAUCAGAGCAACGAUGAAAAGAUGGCGGCUCUACAAGCCGCAAACCAACUGCCUCCACUGGACUACGGCCUGGGCGGAGAGAAUGAGGUCCUGAAGCCAGACCAGGUAGCGGACUACCUCUACAAAGACGAUCCGUACGGAGAGUUUGACAUCGCCUCCGACCCAGAGAAGCUAGUGCACAGUAUCGCCAUGCGCAUCUACAUGGACAAUGACGUCACUGACUUCGAGAGCAUCAUGAACAAGCUGCUGACGUAUGGAGUGAUCACGGACAAGGAAGCCGAGGAGUUUGAAGACGCUGUUGCUGAGGAUUUGCGACAGAUUGUGCUCGCAGAAGACAGAAAGCUUUUCCAGGCAGCGAAGGGCGUCGACUUCGUCAAAGAUCCCAACCCACAGUAUAACGAAGGGUUGAAUCUGGACUACGGAGACAACUUCCUGAUCCCACAAACGAAAUCAGCAUACAAAACUGACGCCAAGAGCAUCCUCGAUGAAGAAUCCCUACUAGAUGCCCUCAAAGACGAACAGAAAGAAGAAACUCCCGAGAAAGAUUCAGACCCAGCCAGUGAGGAGGAGGAAGUUAAAGACACGUCCGCCUCGGAUGAGACGGAGGAAGAGCCCGAACCAGGGCAGGCAAUCACUAAGGAGGAGCCGAGGGACGGGGGUGACAACGCCGACUCCGACUUCAACAACGAGAUAGACAACGACGAGGAAAGGAGCGAUGAGACAGACGGAAGUGACGAAGAGGAGAAGAAAGGCAGCAACGAGGAAGAGGAAGAAGUAGAAGAGAAGGAGCUAGUAAUUGACAACGGGAAGACAAAAGAAUUCCUCAAGGAGAAACAGGAAGCAGAAGGAGAAGGCGACAAGGAGGAUGAGAAGGAAAGUGAAGAAGAAUCAGAGGUGAUCAACGAUGCAGAUCUGGACACGGCCGGAGAAAAAGAAGAAAAGAAGAUGAACGACGAUCUAGAAAACGAGCUGAGGGAGAAGUACGGAUACGUGGAUUCCUCAAACGGAGUGACGACACCGAAUGACGUCACGACUGCUCAGGAGCUGCUCCAGACCGAGGCUGAUGCUGACAACACCCAGCUGCAGGACCUUCCCUUCCCACAGCUCACACCCGAAGAAUAUGAUGAGCUGGCCAAGGAGUUCGACCGUCGCGUGGAGGAAUACUACAGGAAGGGGUUCCUGAACCGGAAUGAGGUACAGGAACUAGAGGCCAUGGUGGCGCCUUACUGAGGACCUGACAGAAAAAUACAUUCUUUAAGAAGAGGGAAGUGACUUCUUAGUUUGACUGACGAUUCCUUGGCUAUGUUUAUCCGUGAAUAUGAGUAGAAAAAUACGCCUUCAGACCUAAGAUAUGAGCAGCUUCUUCACAGCUGUUUCAGGUGUUGUUUGGUGUAUUCGGAAGAGCUUGCACAUAGUUUUCUUGGUGACAGUUUGGCCAUGUAGAGUUUUUGUAUUGCAGAUAUCAACUCUGUGCACCAAAGAAAAUUUGGACUCACAGUGUUUAUGUAACAAACCUUCAUAGAUUUGCACAUCUGGUAAUGACAUGAAAAUUCCUUACAAUUGCUCUUGACAAAGUAUCAUCAAUAUCACGAUCAGACAAAUUUGCAUAGCUUCCCGUAAUAUGUUAUCAAAAACAACGACGCUUUUCAAUGCCCAUACUCAGUAAGCCAACGUACUGUAACAGCUUGCUACUGGCUCUGGAGAAGACAUUUGUGAUUUAUAUAUUGUUUGUUUAGGCCCCCUUUCCACUUGACGGCGAUCGUGCUGUGCCCUCACUGCGACCUAAUUGGGAUAUGCGUAACCUUCGCUUUCACGCUGGGUAUAUCAUACAAAACGUAAAAGUGUGACUGAGAAGACAAGAAAACACAAGAGAUGUAAAAUAUUCGUUUCUUUUCCGUACAACUCGUUGAGUGAUAUGUCAAAUUAAAGGUUGCAGAGAGAGCAAGGUGAGAGCGCCGUCCUAGUGGAAAGGGGGUAUUAGAAUUUACUGACGACAGAUUUCACUUGGGAUCUACUGUAAUGGCAUUGCAAGCGUGGAUUACGAAAAGAAGCUUAAAUCUUAUGGAAACAUGCAUUAUUUUCAGUCGUGCCAUACCGUCCAUGAAACGCAUUAAACACUACCACAUUAAAACACACCACUAACUUCCACACGAACGAGACAAACUAUUUGAAUUGGUCAGUACUGCGUCCUAAUAAAUUCUUGAAAGCAUAGUUUUAUGCACUGAAUACUAUCAGUUCUUGCAUGACCAAGUACAAUGAGUGAGUACAGUACGAUGCCUAUUGUGCACGGUAACGCUUUUGUGGAGUAAUGUUAAAGUUGCACUCAGGAUUGCCCAGAUGCUGCCAAAAGAUUGUAUGUGAUUGUUGGUAGAGAUAUCAGAUGGGUCAUUCUACAUUCGGAAUACACGAAAGGCCAAUGUGGCUAAUCUCUGAAACCAAAUAUGGAUACUGUCAAACAAAAGAUAUCCCAACCUCGUCAUAUAAAACACUUUCAUAUGAUUUAAAAUGGCUAGGGAUACAUACAAUGUACCAAGACAAUAAUAUAAAUAAUCUUCGGAUAGGAAGGUUGCCAUUAGCUUGGUCGGAGUAUUACAGUUUCCUUUAAAACUGCAAAGCAAAAUUUUAUUGCAACUGAAUGGAAUGCAUUUCGCAGAUUGUUCUUACCGUCAUCACGAUUCGGUGAAUUCUUUGCAAAAAAUUUUGCUUUUAAAAUGGGCCAAAGGAUCAUCUUUGCAUGGCUUUUGGUAAAAGAUGGAAAUAUCUCGCUAAUUCAAAAUACAACCUGUUCAUGCGAUUUCUCUGUUUAUCAUGAUAUGACAGAAUAGACCCACCUGAUAAUGCUAAGUAUUGAUUCAUCUUAAUGGCAGCACUAGUAUUCGGAGUCUCAAAGAAAAAAUACAAGUAACGGAACAUAUCCAAGAGUCAGACAUCCAUGUGCCAUCAUUGGCGUUUUGACGUUUUUGGUAAAUGAAGAUGACAUCUUGUUCUGGUUGCUUUUUAAACACCAUUGUCUUGAGAAAUGAUUCUAUACAUUUACAUUAUGAAGACUUCAUAUCAACUUAAGAAUAUAUGUGGAUCGUACAAACUACAAACUGUAUCUGUGAUGUGUAUAGAGCAUAACAUAUUGAUGAAGACUUGUUGCAGCCACAGCGGAUGAUUUUGUGGAAGUAGACCUCCAUUUGCAUAUCAAGGACUUCACUUUUAUUAUAUCUAGCAUGUAAUAUGUAUACAUUGUGCCUUGUGAUUCGUGAUGCAUUUAUUUAUGAUUGGUAUAAUAUAAUGAUUGACGCCGCUACGAGGAAUAUGAAAUAUAUAUAUGCAGUCGAGUUUUUGGGUGGUUUGCAUUGGUGUAAGGUUAAGAAGUGGACCAAACUGGCAGAAAGGAGAUGAUAAAUUUAUUGAUAUUUAGCAUUGUAAACAAGCAGAGUGUUUCGCAGUAUCUACGUAUAUGCAUAAACAUAUAACAUAACUCGCAGUCUACUUCAACGUGGAGUUAAAGAACACUCUGAAACGUAGGGGCUCUUUAACAGUGUGAAAGCUUUGAUCUUUUUAAAUGCAUUUGAUAUGGAAUCCAUGCUUCUAUCCAUGCUAAUGUCUCAGCAUUGGUUUUCUGAAUGAAUGAAAAAAAAUGGAUAUGAUUGUUGUCAUGAAUGUAUUAUACAUAAUAUAUACAUGUAUUCGGCAAUUCUUUAAGAAAAUGAGUCUGGGAUGGAGGUAGAUUUGUACAGGUACACGAGGGGAGGCAUUGGAGAAAGAUGUACAUAAUAUAUAUUUUCGUCUUUGGUGUAAAGAGUAAUCAAGAAUAAAAAAUGACGUUCUACGUUACCA